AUGACUGGUACCAUCGGUGUGUUCAGUGGCAUUGCCGCCGGCAUUAUCCGGGACUCCACACCAGCUCUGUUCGCGGUAGCAUCUGGUAUCCAGUGGUUCGCCCUCGGCUCAAGUUACUGGCUCUCGAGAUCUGUGGUGAUGGCCGCGUGGGGCGGCGAAGAGAAGCUCUCCAACUCAUCCAAGAUUCAAGCAAGUGCCCUUGCGGGAGGCACGGCAGGAAUGGUCGGAGGACUGAUUCGUGGCCCGAAAAACAUUAUCCCCGGAGUCAUCGUGUUCUCCCUCAUCGGCGGAACGGGCCAGGCCUUUGUGAACGCAUCGCAAGGAAGACCCGAGGUCACGGAAAAGAGGAAGAGCAUCUUCGAAUCAAGUUGGAGCCCCCUGAAGAAGCUUUCAGACGACGACUACCGCGACAUGAUUGAUGAAAAGAUGCUCAGGAUAGAUGCCGAGAUUGCUCUCAUUGACGAAAAGAUUCCUCACGCUAUUGGAUACGUCUUCCAGAGUGAGCAGCCGCGGCUCAAACGCUUCUCUCACACCAGCAACGGAGCCACUACGCAACAAGCAUUUCCAGAUGUCAGGAACUUUAUCGCCAAUCGAUGUAUACAUGAACGGCACGAUAUGAGGCUAAUUAACACCUCAACACUACAACUCGAAGACUUCUUCGACUCGGAUCUCCCCAAAUACGCCAUCCUCUCACACACCUGGGGCCCCGAAGAGGUCACCUUUCAGGAGUGGCUGCUAUGGCAAGAAGACGACCUCGGCUCCCGCAAGCGCACAAACUCCAAGCGCGGGUUCCAAAAGAUUGCAAACACGUGCCGCAUCGCCCGUCAGGAGGGCAUCAGCCACGUCUGGGUCGAUACCAACUGCAUCGACAAGAAGAGCAGCGCCGAGCUCUCCGAGGCCAUCAACUCCAUGUUCGCCUGGUACCGCGGCGCGUCCAUCUGCUACGUCUACCUGGAAGACCUCAAGCCUGGCGGGGCAGCGAGGGCCGAUCUGCGUCAGUGCCGGUGGUUCACGAGGGGCUGGACGCUACAGGAGCUGCUGGCGCCCGCGGACAUGACCUUUUACGAUGGCACGUGGGAGCCCAUCGGGACCAAGGAGACACUGGCGUACCCCAUCGCUUCCAUCACGGGCAUCGACGUCGACGUCCUCAUCUACCCGCAGACCCUCUCCUCCGCCUGCGUCGCCAAGAGGAUGUCGUGGGCGUCCAGCCGGCAGACGACGCGGACCGAGGACACGGCGUACUGCCUUCUCGGCAUUUUCCAGAUUCAUAUGCCUCUUCUCUACGGCGAGGGCCACGAGGCCUUUCGCAGACUACAGGAAGAAAUUAUGAAGGUCUCGACGGACCAGAGCCUCUUUGCGUGGGACUGGACCGAAAAGACGAUGGACCCCCGCCGCGACCUAUGGGUCACUCUACUGGCGCCGCAUCCCUCUGCUUUCUCCGGGUGUGGGCAGGUCGUCAAGUGCAGAACCGCUGCGGACGACAACUGGUCCGUGGGAAAGGAAUUUACAAUGACGAACUUGGGUUUGAGCAUGACGCUGCCACUCAUCAAGACGACAUCCUCGACAACGGUGUACGCGGCCAUCAACUGCAGGCACGAUAUCAAGGACCACGACGACACGGUCAUCUGUAUCCCGCUCUGGACCACGUCCUUCACGUCGACGUUUGGACGGCACAGGUCGAGACCGCAGGCAAACCUGCCGAUCCCGCUGGCUAACGUAUCGAUGCCCGCCCGAUAUGCUGCCCGCCGCCAACAGCAGCAGCAAUCCGGUCGCGGUUCUUCAGCCUCGGUGUCAUACUUCCCUCGCUUCUCGGAGCUGCCGGGCUUCAAGAUGUCAAGAUCCUUUCACAAACAGGUUCUACCAGUGUACGAUGCUAAGCCCGACAAGCCACCAGAAUUACUCUUCCAACUGUUUUCCUCUGACGACGCGCUGGAGUCGUGGCAGGUGGGCGACGACGCGGAGGCUGAUCCGCAGGAGUACUUACAGACGGCGGCGCACGCGAGCAAGACGUUUUCGAAUAAGGAGGUUCACGCGUUCUGUGUGAAUCUCAUCAACCACGGCGGCGGCAGCAGCAGCACUAGUAGCAGUAGUAAUGGCGGCCGUAACGGCAACGGCGCCGGGCUCAGCAGGCCGCGGCGAUGGUGUCUCAUCAUCAUGUGGUGCGAGGCGUCCGGGUGGAAGAGGGUAUUCUUCCGGGAGGACAAGGAUAGGAAUCUUUCGCCGCCGCACGUGAGGAAGCGGUUCAUGGACUUUCUGCUCGAGACGUCGUGGUUUGCGUUGCAUGGGGAUACUGCGACGUGUGAUGGGUUAAAGGUUGAGGUCGGGAUGAAGCAUGAUCCUCCGCGGGAUGGGUAUUGUCCGGUCGUGCCAUUGUAUUUUGAUAAAGACCGUUAA